UGGUUUCGUGUCAAUAAAAUAAAUAAACACAUCUGUUGCUUGUUAUAAGAUACUCUGCAGCGUUUUACAACGAUUUACGGUAGUUUAAUUUGCAGGGGGCGGGGCUACGUGCUACUCUCAUUGUGACCGCGGAUCCCUUCAGAUUCGGGUGUCAGCGCCGCUCCGCCGCUCAAAGCUCCCAGAAGCCCUGCUGCCUCCCCUCUCCCCUCGUUUCAGACAAAAAGCUGGACCCGCCCCAACAGACCCUUCACCGUGGAAACAGUUGGGUUCAAUAAUCAGUGAAGGCAGCUCUUAAUCUCAGAUCCAACAGCAGGCCGGUCCCUCCUACCCAAGUUCUUUUCCCCCCGGAGGCAGGCAUGGCAGACGGCAGGCAGCCAGACGAGCACUGGACCGCCAACGGCCAGGAGAACGGCGAGAACGGCUAUUCCUCCUACAGUUAUCGGGAGAAUGGGUACCACGGCGGGGCGGCUGCUGGCACAACAGCGGAUGACUCAGCCAAUUUGCCUCCCUCCCCUCCCCCCUCUCCAUCCGCCGAGCAGACCGGGCCCGUGGCACAAGAGGGUAAAGUAGAGGUUGUCCGUCAACCGCAUGAUGAAAAGGCUGGCGCUAACCAGGAGGAAGUGGAAAGUGAGCAGCCAGGAAACAGUCUUCUAAAAGAAAGAGAUUCUUUAACACAGAGCCAGGAUUUGGGCUUCAAACAAGCCCAGAUACCUGAUAUCUUCAACGGAGGAAGCCACGCACACAGCCCGUCAAAUCAAGCCCAGCCAGAGGAGAGUACCAGCAAUGCACCAAUAACAGAAGAUGAACAUCAUGUGAAAGAAGCGGAAAAAUCUGCCUCGAAUAAACCUCCUCUUCCCUCGGUUAAAGAGAAAGAUCCCUCUGACGUUGCUCCAAGUGAACAGGCUAAAGAAGCAAGAGAUAAUCCAUCAGAAGAGGAAACUGAAGAUCAUAUGCAGUCAAAGGAGAAAGAGUUUGAUGAAUCAGGACUAGCACACAACUUAUCUUACCCUGGCGCAACAGACAAAAUGGACAUUACCAAACAAAACCAAUCAGUAGACCCUAAGACUGAAAUCACGGAACCAACAAGAACAGCUCUUUUGCCAAGGAAAGAUGACCAAAACAGUUCUUUUAGAGGGGACUACCUGCUUGAAGAAAAAGACAAGACCAUUCAAGGACAGGAAGCCGCAUCGGAUGUGUAUGUUAAAGAUAUUGCAGAAUCCAAGAACUACUUUGAGACAUCCACAAAAAGCAAAGACGAUGUGCUGCCACAAAGCUAUUAUGAGUUCAGCCCAAUGGACAAUACCAAGUCGAGUGAGAAUAUUCCAUCUUUUGGGACAAAAACAGAAGAAGAACAGGACAAAAGUCAGACAACACCUGGUGAAACAUUAGUUGAACACACAAGUCUUUCUUGCAACAUUAAUGAUGGAUCUUUAGUAGAGGGCAAAGUGACGGAAAAUGAUUCAAAAACCUCAGAAGGUUUAUGUUCCAUUAGUGGAAGCUUUAAUGUUGUAGAAGAUUCUCCAUUAACUCCAUUUGUGGAGAGUCUGUUGUCCAGUUUGCCUCCUGAGGUAUCCAUCACUCCAAGCUCUACCAGAUCCCCCAAGCAUGUCCCAACAAGGACAGAAACUGCUCUUGAAAAGGAUUCCUCCAGUUUCACUCAACCUGGAAGUCUAUCUAAUAUGUUGGACUUGGCUGGAGCUUUGCCUCAACCUUUAUCUGGAAUGGCAGGAGUUGACUACGUGAGACGAAAAUCAGUGCCUGCCAACGUAUCACUGCUGUCUGGCAGUUCUUUGGUUGAGUUCUCUUUGGCAGGUGAAACAUCAACAGUGCCGUCCGAAAAGCAGCAGUUUGAAGAACUUGGCUAUUGUGUGUUUAGUGAAUAUUCGGCCCCCAUGCCUUCUCCUGCUGAUAUCCCCAAUCCUGGAGACUCUCAACACCAGCAUUUUCCUUCACUGGAGGCUAAAGUAGAGGAGGAAGCUCAUAAAGAGAUACAAGCUGAUCCCAAACUAUUUGCCUCUGAGAUCUAUCAGAAAACAAUACUAGACAAGAUAGAUUCACCAAAAAAAACUUUGAUUCUUGAACGAGCCGUAACAAGUGGAAUAAAACCAGAUCGCCUGAGAAUCCCAAUGACAACAUCUAAAGACAGACUGACUGAGUUUCGUCUGGAGACUGGCUUACCAGGGGACAUCAAAAUCCAACCAAUCCCUGAAGUAGAUAUUGAAAAAGAUCCCUCUAGAGAGGCUUCUCCCAUACCACCAGACAACUCUUUUACUUUUAUUCCUAUGGAAAUUGGAAGCAAAAGUCCACUGACUCCCAGCACUCCCAAAUCUCCAACUGAGUUAGCAUUUGAAGCUCAAUUCAUAGGAGAAAGGAGAAUGACAGAUGAAUUACCAGAGGGAAAUUCUGAAAGGGGUGAUGGGACAGCAAAUUUAGAGGAAGGUAUAAGUAAACCUGAUGCUAGUUUAGAAGAUUUACAAGACAAAAAUGAUGGAGGGGUGAGCAUCCCAAGACCUGCAUCUUCUCAGCUAUUACAGGAUACCUCCGGUGAAAAAGAUAAAAUCUCUCUAAAGGUAUUGACAAACCAAGACGCUUUGAAUCCUGUUCCUCAGUUAAUCCUUGAAAAUCCUUCAGAUGACAAAGAUGAUCAACUCCAAUUAGGGGAAGCAACUCCAAAAGGCUCACCUAAACCACAAAUGUCAUCUCCCAUGAUUAUAAUACCCCAAGCACAAGUAGAUGAAGAAGUAGAUGAAGAGGAUGAUGUUGAGUUAGCUGAAGAGCCUCAAGAGAUAUUUGAAGAAGGUGAGUUUUUGUGUCAUAAUACAGAUCAAGGUGAGAAUCUUCAUCCUCCUCAAAGAAAAGAGGUGGUGAUGCUUACAGUGGGUGAUGAGAUGCAGGAAGAUGACCUCCGAUCUGGAGCAGAAGACUGGAGCCAUAGUGCCCAAAACAGUGAUUAUGGAGAGCAGGCAACUGAUAGCUCCCACUUAUCUCCUUGCUCUGACCAUGAUCUACCACAGCAGACUGAAGACAGGGAUGACGAGGAAGACCUGGAAGUAGACAAAGUUGACAACUUACUAAUGAAAAAGGUGGAACAACCUAAAGAGGGUGAAGAAGGAACAGAGAAAAACCAAAGUAGGCUUGAAGACAAUAAGAAACCAGGCAAAACUGAAGAUGAGAACAAGAAAGAAUGGAUGAAAGAAGAGAACAAGACCGGUCUGGAAGAAAUCAGUCAGGCAGCUGAUGAUGAAACCACCAUGGAUGUGUCCAUUCUUGAUACAGACAGUUGCUGGAUGGACUCACAAGAUGAUGACAAAAGUAUCGUGAUCGAGCAAGUUGAAGUCGUUCCUCCAACCCGGUUUUUAACCAGCACACCAGCGGUGGGGGUGGACAGGGCUGGUAAAAGGGGGAGCAGAGGAAGGGGUCGUCCUGCUACCACUGAUUUUAAAGUGACUCGCAGAACACCAAUCCUACAUCCACCGAAAGAGGAGACAAAGAAGAAAAAAGUAGGCGUAAGGAGGGCUGACCAGAAUAAGGUGUCAGCCCUUCAAAGUCGCUCUCCAUCUCGAAAGAGUGGAGCCAAAGUGGCGACCAGACAUCCUAGGCCUCUGCUUCACAGUUCUGCUAGACACAAGGCCACAGGUGGAGAGCACCACCAUCCCCUCAGUGUGGCCCAACAACCCAGGGAACGACCUACUGAGAGAACAUACCGAAGCCCGGAGAAGAGGUCAUCCCUACCCAGGCCGGCCAAGUCGCUGACUCGCCACAUCCCUGCUUCUGAACAAGAAGACAACGGCACCCCUUCCAGGCCAACCUCAAUCCGAACAGAACCCAGAGGGGACAACAGAUCUGGAAGAGCCUCUAGUGUGGCAGGCACAGACUCGGCCCGCUCGCGCUCGGCCCGCAGUGGCGCCUCCACCCCGGGCGCCGUCACGCCCGGCACACCCCCCAGCUACUCCUGCCGCACACCAGGGUCCCGCACACCCGGCAGCCACACACCCAAGUCCUUCAGCGUCUUGCAGGAGAAGAAGGUGGCGGUGAUCCGAACCCCUCCGAAGUCUCCAUCCUCAGUCCAGCGGCAGCUCAAAGUCAUCAACCAGCCCCUACCGGACCUGAAGAACGUCAAGUCCAAGAUUGGGUCCACCUCUAACCUUAAGCAUCAGCCGAAGGGCGGACAGGUCAUGAUUCCAAGCGUUAAGCUGGACUUUAGCCACGUUCAGGCCAAAUGUGGCUCCCUGGACAAAGUUAACUACACUGCAAGCGGGGGAAACGUUCAAAUCCAGUCCAAGAAGAUUGACUUGAGCCACAUCACGUCCAAAUGUGGCUCCAUGUCCAACAUUCACCACAGACCAGGAGGAGGUAACGUGCGCAUCGAAAAUGUCAAACUGGACUUUAAAGACAAAGCACAUGCCAAGGUGGGAUCCCUGGACAACGCCACCCACACUCCAGGAGGGGGAAACAUUGUGAUUGAGAGCCACAAGCUGUCCUUCCGGGAGACGGCCAAGGCCCGCGUCGACCACGGCGCAGAGAUCAUCAUCACCCAUUCCCCCGGGAUGGAGACAGGAGGAACUUCUCCCCGCCUGUCGUCUGCCGGCAGCAUCAACAUGAUGGAUUCGCCGCAGCUCUCCACCCUGGCGCAGGACGUCACGGCCGCCCUCGCAAAGCAGGGCUUGUGAGCAUACGAGAAAAUAACAACCUUAAAAAAGAAAAAAAGAAAAAAAACACAGUUACCCCCCUCCUUCCAUCACCUUCAUAAGAAUCCAGUGUUUUCCCAUGGUGCUUGAACGCAACACAACCCCACGACUACAGUUGAGUUUAGUCCGAUUCUAAAAAACUCUUUAAAGUUGGGAUACCUCCUUUAUUUUAUUUUAUUUUAUUCAGUAUUCGUUUAAAGUAAGAAAAAAAAAGUUCUGAUUGUCUCAGAAAGCGGUUUUUACGAUUGUAAACUGAUAUGGUGGGGAAACCACGCGAGUGCUAGGUUCCCAACGAGCGCUUGACCUUAAAGAUGCAGCCGCUCACGCGUGUGGUGAAGCCGACAUGAGUUCCCUCUGGUUGGCUUUUAAUGUUGCGAACUGUAUUCCCGUUUUCUGUAAAUGUCACUCUAGUGUUGCGGUUUUGGACAUCCUGCGCGGCUGCUCUGGCCUGUUAGCGCUUCGAUGUGGAUAACCAUUUCAUUUUAAGUCAAGUAAAGUGCUAAGCAGCUAGCUUUCCAAUAGAUGUUUGUUUUGUUUUUUUUGGUAGCGAUUCCUUUCCAGCUGACUGUUUCUGUACGAUGUAGCGGUUUUUAGUUUCACGAGGCUCUUUACACUGUUGUGCGGGCAUGGCAAAGGCAGCUUUCGCGAUCUUUUUCGCUGCGUUCUGUUGUCGUGAACGGCCAGAGGUGUGUUCGAGUGUCUGGAUUGUUCGAUGUGUUCAAUCGAGGAGUAAAUAUGUUUGUCAGAAAAGCAAGAAAAGUGAGAAGCUUUAUACGAAACAUUCCAGUUGAUUGAGCCGAUGCGGCUUUUUUGUCUUUUUUUUUUUUCGGCAGGAAGUAAAAGGGAUGAUAAACUUACUAUUAAGAUUUUUUUUUUAUAAGAAAAAAAAGAAACUUGCAUUUUCUCCGCUAACUAUGUGGAAACCUGCUGCCCCUCCCCUCUCAGUCUUCCUUCCAGUGUUUUUCCGUGCUACCCCUCCCCCUGCUCCCUUUUUGCCUGUGUAAAUGUAUUUAAGCCACCAAGUAGACAUGUGUGCAAACUUUCCAAUGCUGAUGACAAACGCUCCUACAGGAUGAAACCAUCAAUAAAGAAAAUGAAAAAAAG